AUGCCAGACCCCGGCCAAAUCCCCGCCGUCGUCCUGGUCCUAGCGUCGACGGUCGUCCUGGCCCUUGUUGUCUUCAACGUCCCGCUCCUCAAGAGCUUGUACUUCUUCAAGGGCGAAUUCUCCAGUGGCGGAUAUGAGGGCACCUUAACACUGGGACCCCAAAUUGGUUACAGCCUUGACCUCAACACACUCCUCGGCGUGUCUCUGUUCAACAUCCCCUCGGCCGUGUCCAAGUGGAUGAGCUACACCCUCGUUCUCCACAUUGUCGCCCUCGUCCUCGUCUUCAUUGGCCUUCUCGCUGGUCUCCUCGACAUGAUCCCUGGCUUUGGCAUGAUGUGCUUCCCUACGUGCUUCACAUCCAUGGGAGCCGGUGUCACCCUCAUUGCGCUGAUUUUCGACCUGGCCAUGUUCUACAUUCUCAAGGCCCGCGUGGACGCCGUGUCUGGCGCGUCGGCAACCAUCGGUCCAGCCGUGUGGAUGACACUAGCCGCAUGGUUGCUGGCGUGUUUCGCCGGCUGCAUGUGGGGCAUGGGCCGCUGCUGCUGCGGCCAGUACUCGAGCGCGAACCGCAACCGCAGGCGCGACCGCGACCGCGAGGUUGCAGAUGCCGAGCACGACAUGCGUCUGGGUGCUAUCCGCGACGAGCAGCGCCGUCUCAAGGAAAUGAGUAAGGAGCCAGAGCGGAUGCCUCUUACCCAAGGAGAAGAAGACAAGUAUCUCUACGAAGAGGCUCCAGCCCUCGGCCGUAACGGCAGCGUCCUCCAGGGCGUGGGCGUCGGCUAUGGUCGUCGUGACAAGAACGACAGCUAUGGCUACGCCGGCGGCGCUCAGCGCCAACCGUCAGUCAACUCGCACCUGACCGCGCCAGGUGCGGCCGGUGUCGGUGCAGGUGGCGCAGGUGUUGCCGCAGGUCACAACAACUAUGUUGACCCGUAUGCCUACGACCCCAACCAGCUCGAGACCUAUGACGAAGGGUAUGGCCAGCAGCAACAAAACUACGGCCAGCCUCAGCAGUACGGGCAGCAGAAUCACUACAACGACCCGUAUGCGAACAACCCCGACCCGUACCAGCAGAGCUACGCGGCCGACCCGUACGGCCAGCAGCAGCAAGCUCAAGGCUACAACCAGUACUCGCAGCCCACGUACCCGCCCGCAGCGUCUGCAGCUGCUGUCGCCGGCGGCGUGGCUGGCACCCGCGGCGGACACAAUAACGAUUAUUACACGGGUGCGACAUCCAAUGAGUCGCACGGGUACGCUGACCCGGGGCCGCGCGUAGCCCAUGCAGAGCCUUAUGGAUACGAAGACGAUGGCCUCGGCGCCAUUGGUCGUGCGGCAGCGUCCGCCUCUGGCGAGCGUCAAUACACGGGCCACCAGGGCUUUGGUCUCGCAUCCCCGCCCCCGACCAGCCCGCCGGCGGCCGCUCUCAGCGUCAACACUGCCCCAGCCAUCCACACUCCCACGCCCCAACAUCUCAUCUGCCACAACCCUUCGACUAUCCUCUCGUCUCCCGUGUCCGAAUACACAAGCGACCCUUCCAACAGCAUGUACUCGACGGACGGCAACCGGCCGCCAAGCUACGGACAGGUCGCCUCGGGCAACACGUACGUUCAGCCCACAGAAAAGGGUCGCCCUGUUUAG